UUCCCCCCCCCCCCCCCCCUAUAUUCUUCCUUCUCUCCCCCUUUAACAAGGUCCCUUGGGCCAAAGGCUAAACCUUUAAUUAUUCCGUUGGAGAUUAUAACAGAAUGGACUCUUUUGUACCUUCAACGCGGCCUUGUUUCAUCGAGGAAGACGAUGGAUUGGCUUCCCUAGCCGAUAUGGAGGCCGGAUAUUCAGGAAGCAAUUACCAGAGGGUUAACAACCGUGGGUUUUUUUCUAGACCUCUUUUGAGGAAUCUCCCUUCUUUUUCUUCCGGUUCAGUUCCUUCUCCUAGGUCUGCCCGGAUUUAUGAUUCCAGAUUUGAAGAGGUUCAACAACCCCAUUUCUUGGAUGCUUGUUUCCUCUGCAAGAAGCCCCUCGGCGGCAACUGCGACAUCUUCAUGUACAGAGGGGACAUGCCUUUCUGUAGCGAAGAUUGCAGACAAGAACAAAUCGACAUGGAUGAAGCUAAAGAGAAGAACAAGAACCUGUCUUCCUCGAUGAAAGCUAUGAGGAAGAACGACCAAAGGAAAUCUACAUCUGCAAAUGAAGAUCAAGGUUAUCCUUUGAGAACUGGCACUGUUGCAGUUGCCUGAGAUCACAUAACAAAAGAAAUAAACACCAUAUUUACCGUAUUAUAUAGUUAAAGGAGAAGAUUGGGGAAAGGUCAUGGAGUUCAUCGAUGAAGAAAAGGGCCAGGGAGAGAGAGGAAAGGAUGAAGAAAUCUAAUCUUGAAGUGGUUUGUUAUCCCAAAGAAAACAUACUGUAUAGUUUUAGCUUAUGAAUGUUCAUAUAUGAGGGCUGGAUCUACUGUAUGAUAUGGCUCCUUUUUUGGGUUUUUUUGGGGGAGGGUUACUAGGUAGUUUUUUCUUCUUCUUAAGAACUAUGUUAAUGCACCAUAAAGAAUGAUGUGAAGGGAACUCUUUUUUCUUUUUA